CUUCUUAUUAUCAUCGCCAAGAUAACGGUUAUUGGAAAAAUUCUAUGUUAAUUGUGCAAAAGUGUAUGGCACUCAGUGAAAUUGUUAACCGACCAUCACAAUUUACCAGUACAAAUCCUCAUUUGGUUGUCCAGGAUGAAUCUUGGAUUACAACACGUUAUCUUUUUGUUGAGUGUUUAAGAGAUCCAAUGGAUUCAACAAACGAUGAAGAAGAAGAUUGGUCAACUAGUCAAAAUAAUAACAAUUUUGUACCAUCAAUCCCAUUGUCAUUAACAAAUCCGUUAACGUCUUGGGCUCGUCGUCCGAGAGAUAAUUCGGAGUAUAUAACAUUGGAUCGUACAUACACACCUGUAUGGUUAAACAACCAACCUUUGCAAAUUCCCAUUCGAGAUUUUUCUAUUAUUAAUAAUGAUAUACCCGAUGAAAGUUCGAUUGGAAUUG